AUGCUUCCAGACAUUUUCAACGUUAUCAACAAGGCCCGCUACAGUGGAAUCAUUGCUGGACCAAAAACGGCCUCAAGUCUGUACCAACUAAGUGUCAAGGUGUUCGUCAAAGAGCUGAAUCGUAAAGGUAAACUCGAAAUGCGCAUCCCCGAACUGUAUCACCUACCGGCUGUUGCGUUAAUCAGCGUAUUGGGAGAAAUGAGCUGUUAUACAUCGCUGAGGAAAAUCCUUCACCGAGAGCUUUCGGAUCCAGUUUUGUUCAUGAGAAUGUUCACCGAUUAUAAGGCUGAUAGGCUAGCACUUGAGAAUUGCUUACGCAAGGCAAGUUUGAUAGGUAAGCCCGUGCUUCCUGAUCUAGCGAAGAACUGGUGCAAAUCAAUGAUCGAAAAUCAGGUAUUGGAAAAUUCAUCUCAAGUGUUCGACAAAAUUAUGGAGUCGUUCAAACUCGGAAAUUAUUUGCACGAAGCUGGAUGGUCUCUACAAAGCGCAGAAGUACUCGGCGUUGCCUCCCGGAUGAUUUCACAAUUGAAGGAAAGCGAACACAGAGUAGCGUUGGAAGUAACAUGCGUGCAGAAAAUAUUAAGGGCGGAAGGAAGCGCACUUCUAAGAGAAAAGGCGGACAAGACUAGCAACAUCUUGCUGACGAUGGCCAAAGGAAUUACAGACAGUGAAAUACAGCUUCAAGUUUAUCUGGAAAUGGCAAACCAUAACUUCAAAGCGAAACGCGUCGAUGAAAGUCAUCGUUGGACCAAGAAAGCCAUGGAGCUCAUGACGGAAUCAACCCCAAUCGAAUUCGUCAUAGAAAUCCUUCAACUGGAAGCACUCUAUCUCUUCGUCUCAGAACAAUACGAAGCUGGGAGCUUCAUCAUCAAUCAAGCAAUUCAUCGAGCCCGGACAACAUACGGACACUUACAUCGGCGAUAUGCGGACACAUUGUACACCUGUGGAGUUUGCUUGCUGAAGACCAACGCGAUCUCAGCGGCCAUUCCCAUUCUACUGGAACUUCUGGUCAUUAUCACCAAACUGUACGGCAAUUACACACCCCACGUAUCAAUGAUCCAAAGCUACUUGGCAUAUGGAUUCUAUCGUCGAUCGCAAACAACAGGACGUUUUGAUAUGGCGUAUGAACACAUCCAGAAUGCGAUUACACUGGCGAAGCAAAUAAUGCCAGAGCGACAGAAGGUUAUCGACCAUUUCAUCAACAUUCGGGCCAUGAUAAUGAAGGGACGCGAUAAUGUUCUGGCUGCUGUCGAGGAGAACAGAGCAGCUAGAAUUGGGGAUUGCGAGAUGUUUACUGUUGAUGAAAUCAAGCAGAGAUGCCUGGAACUACAUGGCGAUUAA